AUGCCCAUCGCCAUCAUCGGCAUGGCUUGUCGAUCCCCCGGGGGCGCCUCUAGUCCCGAGAAGCUCUGGGAUCUUGGCGCCAGGGAGAGAGGCUGGUACCAUCCCGACAAGGAACAUCAUGGAACGUCAUACGCCAAAGGCGCACACUUCCUCACAGAGGAUAUCUCCCGAUUUAACGCCGCUUUCUUCAACCUCACGGCCGAAGUCGCCAGUGUGAGUUCUCCCUCGUCGUCAGAUCCCCUUCGUGCCGGUCUGUCCCUAGACCAGGUGGCGGGCUCCUGUACCGGCGUAUAUGCAGGGACGUGCUUCCGAGAUUACCCGGACAGUCUAUUCCGCGACCCUGAUACUCUGCCUCGAGCAACACUCACGGGUAGUGGCGCGGCAAUGAUCGCGAACCGUGUUUCGCAUUUCUUCGAUCUCCGGGGUCCGAGUGUAAUGGUUGACACCGGGUGCUCGACGACGCUCACGCUGUUGCACCUGGCAUGUCAGAAUUUACGCGCAGGGGAGUCGGAGAUGGCUGUCGUGGGCGGAUCGAACCUAUUGCUCAACCCGGAUACGUUCAUUCUCCAAUCCAAUCUCAGCCUGCUAUCGCCUGAAGGACGCUGUUUCGCCUUCGAUGCCCGAGCUACGGGGUACGGCCGUGGCGAAGGGAUUGCGAGUAUUGUGAUCAAGCCCCUCACGGCGGCUAUUCGAGAUGGAGACCCCAUUCGUGCGGUCAUUCGCAAUUCGGCGGCAAACCAGGAUGGGAAAACUGCAACCCUCACGUCGCCGAGCCAGGAAGCCCAGGAGAUUCUUAUGCGUGGUUGCUAUGAGAUGGCUGGCCUCAACCCGCACGACACUACUUUUGUCGAAGCCCAUGGUACAGGGACGCAAGUAGGCGACACCGUUGAAGCUCAUUCUCUUGGGAAUGUUUCCAGGCCUGGACGCAGCCCUGACUGCCCUCUCAUCAUUGGGUCAGUGAAGACGAAUAUUGGCCAUACGGGCAUUCGGACUCAAUUUCCGCGACAUCAUGGUCGCACUGGGUCAACUUGA